AUGGACACUCACCUUUUGGUUUGGAAUCCACUAUCGGAAGAGAAACGAUGGGUUAAAUGCGACUGUCAUCAGUUUAGCGAGUUUGAUGAUGCUUACAGCCUUGGAUACGUGAACAACCAUUGUGAUUACAGGAUCUUACGGUUUCGUUGUCCUACUAAUUUUCGAAGAGCCAAACCCGCAAGAGUUGAGGUCUACGAAUUCGCAUCUAACACAUGGAAAUCUAUAGAUAUCGUUUUUGAUUGGAUCCUUAGAUCACCGUUGUUGCUGCUGUCUUUGCACGGAACCCCUUAUUGCAUUGGUCUUCGAGAACAAGACACCAAAGCUUUCUUGCAAAGCUUUGAUUUUUCGAAAGAAAAGUUUCAACCAAUAGACAAGUUACCGUUUACGUAUGAUCAGUCUAAUCCUCUAGGGCUAGAGAUUUUAAGAGAUCGGGUUUCCGUGUUAGAGCAAUGUCGUGAAACGAGGAAGAUAUGCGUAUGGGUGAAGCAUUCGCUGAUGACACCCUCUUGGAGCAGAUUGUUGGUCGUUGAUAUACCAAACUUCCCGCUGUUACAUCUACCUACUAGUCGCUUUGCCACAAAUUAUCAUCUUGACAACAACGGUAGGCUCCUCGUAACAGUGGCUGAAUACAGAUCUAUUAGCAUUUGCAGAGUCAUCGGCGAGAGUCAGUUCCAAACAAUGGAAGCAGGUACGAGUCGUCAAUCAUCAUGCAACUAUGUUCCUAGUUUAGUUAAGCCGCCACCAUUUCCGAAGCAAGACACAAGUUGGAUUCGAUGGAGAAGAAAUAAAUAG